AUGGAUGAUAAAUAUGAAACUGUUAAACUUAAUUACACUAUACAUAAAUAUUCAAGUUAUUCCGCCAAUUAUGUACCUGAAAAUAUCAUGAACAACCAUCCCACAGAUCAAUUGUCUAGGUGGUUUACUGACACUUCCACACCUAAUCAGUUUAUAAUGUUGAAGCUUCAGUCUUUAUGCAUUGUCGAAUCAAUAAAAUUUGGUAAAUAUAUUAAGGCUCAUGUAAGUGAUCUAAAAAAAUUUCAAAUUCUUGGUGGAAGCGAUGAAAAUAAUCUGUCAUUGUUAUUGACUGCAGGGUUAAAAAAAGACAGUGUAGCUGAAAAAUUCAGAUUACGACAUAGAACAUCAGAAGGGCUAUAUUUACCUGUGAGGUAUAUUAAAAUUGUACCCCUACAGUCUUGGGGGCCAGCAUAUAAUUACACUAUAUGGUAUGUUGAAUUACAAGGCAAAAAUCAAGAAGAUUUUAUUAACUCAGUUAUGGAUACAAUUAACUUGCGAAAAGAAGAAGAAGCAGUUCGAAUACUCUUGAAACAUUUACGACGGCGAAGAUACAAAGAUGCUUUUGAAGCACUAUCUCGAGAAAGUGGAGUUCAGUUAGAAGGAGCAUUACAGGCACGUCUGUGGGACGCCUUAGUUGAAAAAGGAGACUAUAAACUAGCCGAAGAAAUAUUUGACGAAGCAGCUAAAGAAGGGGAACUCGACUGGUACAUGUCGUGGCAGCCGUACACGCCGGAAUGGCGGCAACUGUGCGGCUGCUCGCCGGCUGUCGAGGACCGGCUCUCCUGCGACUCGAUGCCGGCGAGCCCCCGCACCCGCACCGCUGACCUGGCUUGUUCUGAUAGAGAGGCAAGAGCUGAUAUGCCGGAGAUGGCAGUAAAUGGUGUAGAAUCGUCGGAGGCGUCCUACAUGUACAACGUGGGCUGCUCCGAUCGGCCCGGCCCGCGGGGAGGACACCAACUAGUCGUGGAUCCUAACACAGGAACACUAUACCUGUUCGGAGGAUGGAACGGCACGGAGGACCUGGAUGACCUGUGGAGCUUCGACACGGCCGCCGAGCGCUGGACGCUGCUGUGCCGCCACAGCGCCCGCGUCAACGGGCCUUCGCCCCGCUCCUGUCACAAGAUGGUUUUCGACCCGGUCAACGAGUGCCUCUACACUUUGGGACGCUACUUGGAUAAUGCUCAGCGUAUUCCUAGUAAUAUGAACAGCGACCUGUACACGUACAGCGUGCGGCGCGGCGAGUGGGCGCUGGUGUGCGCGGACACGGCGGCGGCGGGCGGCCCGCGCCUCGUGUUCGACCACCAGAUGUGCAUGGACGCCGACACCCAGACCAUAUACGUGUUCGGCGGCCGCGUGCUGCCCGCUAACACGUCGGAGCUGGUGCAUCCGCAGUACUCGGGGCUGUACGCGUACUACGCGCGGCGCGACACGUGGCAGCUGCUGCUGGCCGACCGCCACGAGCUGCACGCGCCGCAGCCGCGCGUCUCGCACUCCAUGCUCUUCCACCCGGUACAACGUCGGCUGUACAUGUUUGCGGGGCAGCGCAACAAGGAGCAGCUGGUGGACCUGUGGUGCUGGGACUGCGAGGGCGCGCAGGGCGGCGAGGGCGGUCCGGCGCACGCGCUGUGCAAUGCGCCGCCCCGCGCUCCGCCCCCGCAGGGUUUCACCCAGCGCGCCACCCUCGACCCGGACACUGACGAGAUACACGUGCUUUCUGGCAUGAGCAAGGAGAAGGACAAGCGGGUGUACAACACGCUGUGGGUGUUCUCCCUGCGGCGGCGCGCGUGGGCCUGCGUGUACCGCACCGGCAGCGCCGCGCCCGGCGAGCCGCGCCCGCGCUUCGCGCACCAGCUCGUGUAUGACCCCGUCCGGAAGAUCCACUACCUGUUCGGCGGCAACCCUGGCGCGGCGGGCAGCCCGCGCCUGCGCCUGGACGACCUGUGGGCGCUGCGCCUGCGCCGGCCGCCGCGCGCGCCCGCCGCCGCGCGCGCCGCGCUGCGCGAGGCGCGCUACCGCGAGCUGGCCGCCGCCGGCGCGCCCGCCGCCGCCGCCGCGCUGCACUACCUGCGCCACGACCUCGGCGCCGUCGUCGACCACCGGGACCCGCUCCAGGUAAAGCACUUCCAGAGGCUGGCGACGGUGCUGUUCGAGGGCGGCGGCGCGGGCGCGGAGGAGGGCGCGGUGUCGUUGGACGCGCGGCGUACGCGCGCGCUGGCCCGCCGGCGCGCCGCCGCGCGCCACUGCGCGCACAGCGGCGACCUCGCGCAGGCGCUUGCUGCUGUUCUGGGUUCAGAUGAAACAUUCGUGGAGCCGACGCAGCCGUUCGAGGAGCUGUCGUCGCCCACGCCCGACACGUGGGACGUGGGCGAGGACGAGGACCACGCGCCGGCGCGCGAGGCGACGCGCGCGGCGCGCGUGCGCGUGUACGACCAGCUGUGCACGUACUUCCGCCCCUCCACCGUGCCGCCGCGCGCAGAUGUCAUGGACCUCGUCAAACUAACGCCGGUCUCGCCCCGUGAGCAAAAGUUUGAGCAACUUAGGAACGUGUUCGCUUCUGAUCGGUGCGGCGCGGGGGCGUGCGGGCGGGGGCGGGGCGGGCCGGCUGUGGACAGGAGUUGGACGGUGCUGCACCGCGACUCGGAGUCCAGGCGUUGUUGUCUCGAGGCUCAGUCUGUCCCGGUCACGAGACUAAUGCUGCUUCGACUCGUAUCAGUGAAC